AUGUCGACUUCUCAAGCAAACAACUAUUUCGGUCAUGAUCAGCUGGAACACGCAGAGCGUGUUCACCCAGGCUGCACUCCCGAAGGGCACUUCCUGUGCUGCCGCAGGGAGUGCUCCACCGUAAACGCUAUCUUCCUAUAUAAGGGGCCAAGCCCCUUCAAGAAGCUCCAGUGCUCAGGCUGUGAUCACAUCAUGUGCAAGAGCUGCACCCACACCGAGAUUAUUCAGCCCGGUGGUGAUGAGCUUUGGGAGACCGUCGAAGAUAUACGCGAUCCCCAUUGCUGGGAUGUUCGGGUUGCUCGUUACCGUGGUGAACCUAAGGUGUUCGAAAUGUGCGAGUCCUGUGGGCUGACUUACCGGGCUCAGACGCCAUUCGGGCAUGAGAAGGUCUUUGGAUCGACGACCGUUCGUUUCAGGGGUCUUUUCAUGCAUCUCAAGAACUCUUGCAUUUGCGGUCAGCCGGUCAUGUUGACCUGGCCACGCAUGCACAUCAACCUGACGGACGACAACCGCCCUUUCGGCCCGGAUGGUGUUGCGCCUAAGAAGGGUCGGCUCCGGGCUCUUUCACGCUCUCUGUUCUAUAUACUUAGGAAGAACAGCGAGUAG